GCCGCGGCCGGGCCCGGGGCCCGCGGGCUGCUGCUGCCCCCGCUGCUGCUGCUGCUGCUGGCGGGGCGCGCCGCGGGGGCGCAGCGCUGGCGCAGUGAGAACUUCGAGAGGCCGGUGGACCUGGAGGGCUCGGGGGAUGACGACUCCUUUCCCGACGACGAACUGGAUGACCUGUACUCAGGGUCCGGCUCGGGCUACUUCGAGCAGGAGUCGGGCCUUGAGACAGCCAUGCGGUUCAGCCCGGAUGUGGCCCUAGCCGUGUCCACCACGCCUGCUGUGCUGCCCACCGUGGACAUCCAACCCGUGGGUACCCCAUUCGAAGAGCUGCCCUCUGAACACCCCACCCCAGAGCCUGUCACCAGCCCCCCAGUGGUGACAGAGGUCCCGGAAGAGCCCAGCCAGAGAGCCACCACCAUCGCCACCACCACGGUGACCACCACUGCCACCACCACAGGAGCCCCGACCGUGGCCACUGUGCCCACCACAGUGGCCACCGCCGCCCCCAGCAUCCCUGCAGUACCCCCUUCCACGGCCACUACUGCUGUUGUAAGGACCACCGGCAUACGGAGGCUUCUGCCCCUCCCUCUGACCACGGCCGCCACAGCCCCGGCCACCACCCCAGCAGUGGCCUCGCCUCCCACCACAGCGGUCAUCUUGGACACCGAGGCCCCCACCCCCAGGCUGGUCAGCACCGCUACCUCCCGGCCAAGAGCUCUUCCAAGGCCGGCAACCACCCAGGAACCUGCUGUCCCCGAGAGGAGCACCCUGCUGCCCCUGGGGACCACUGCCCCCGGACCCACAGAGGUGGCUCAGACCCCGACUCCGGAGUCCUUCCUGACCACCACUCGGGAGGAGCCGGAGGUGCCAGUGAGCGGGGGACCCAGUGGGGACUUUGAGCUGCCGGAAGAAGAGACCACACAGCCAGACACGGCCAAUGAGGUGGUGGCUGUCGGAGGUCCUGCAGCCAAGCCGUCACCUCCCCCGGAGACCCUGCCCAAGGGUGCCCGCCCAGGCAUCCUGGACAAUGCCAUUGACUCGGGCAGCUCGGCUGCGCAGCUGCCACAGAAGAGCAUCCUGGAGCGGAAGGAGGUGCUCGUAGCUGUGAUUGUCGGUGGGGUGGUGGGAGCCCUCUUCGCAGCCUUCCUGGUCACACUGCUCAUCUACCGGAUGAAAAAGAAGGACGAGGGCAGCUACACGCUGGAGGAGCCCAAGCAGGCGAGCGUCACCUACCAGAAGCCCGACAAGCAGGAGGAGUUCUAUGCCUAGCGGAGCCGCCCCUGCUGCCCCUCCACCCCUCUGCCCAGUCCCCCGCCCGGCUCGGCCUGGCCCCACCAGCCCAGGCCUGGGACUGAGCCUGAGAGGCAGAGCCUGGCCCCAGUUCUGCUCUGCCCUUCCUUCCCAUGCCUACCCGGGCCGCCAGCCUCACACAGAACAGAGGGCAUGGCCCCAUGCCCCGGACCGCGCCCUUACAAGCUCACCUCUUGUCCACCAGCCUUGGGCUUCAGGACCUCAUGUCACAUGGGCAGGAGGAGGAAGCUUCUGAUUGGCUGGUGGAAGAAGGGGUGGGGUUUGAGAUGGGCCUGAGCCCCGACCCAACCUGGCCCCUGCAGGGCUGUCCAGGGUUGGGCACUGGGGCUGGUUUCCAGGACAAAUAAUUUGGCAAAAACCUAGGCACCGUAGCCUCUGUUCCAGGGCCCCUCUCUGCCUGGGUGAGAGGAUGUCCCCUGUUGCCAGCCUGUGUUGUCCUGGCCUCUUCGGGGUUGCAGGAGAAUCCUGCCCUUACCCCUUGCCAGUGCACACGGGCCCCAGGCUUCACCUCUCUCUGCGUCUUCCCCUGAGAAAGCAGCUUUCGGAGGGUGCCGGGGCAGCCGCUCUGACGUCCCUCCCGUGAGGGGACUCUGCACAGACAUCGUUGCCUGCACUGUCACACAUGUCCUUGCGUGGUCACACACAAGACAAACACACGCAGUGAUAAGACCAUACACAACCAUGGCCGCCCAGCCAAUCACGACCUGUCACAGACACACACAUUCUCCAAAGAUUGCUUUGACCCUUACUGCGAUGCAAGUCCCUGGUCACGGUCAUGUGAGUGGUGACAGCGUGGCCUCCCUCCCUCUCUGCCCCUCUCCCAGCCAUGCACACACGGGCACCACACGCAGCAUCUCCAGCUGUCGGGCUCGCUGGGGAGGGUGGACUCAAGCUGGAACAGGCAGCCCAUAUUGGGUCCCUGAGAUGCCCAAUCACACUCAGUCCCACACCACGGCACCCACACCAACCACAUCGCCAGCAGCCAGGCUGGUGCCACACAUAUCCCACGUUAGCGCCAGAUGUCACACACGCGACCCCACGCUCACUCUGGAGGAAGACAGGCGGCCACUUUGCCGUUCCUGGAUGGAGGACAGUGUCAGGGGGACAUUGCCACAGCCCUCUCAGCUGGGCGUGGCCUCACCCUGCCUCUCCCCCACUCUGUACCCCAAAAAGAGGGAGGCUCAGGGCCAGCCCCCACUGGCUGGGAGCCCUGGCCUCCCCCAAGACUGAGGAAGGAAGGAACUGGUUCCUAAAAUUUGACCCUGGGCUCUGGAAGAUACUUGGAUCUCCCAGAACCAAAGGCCCCAGGCGGUGUGGUGGGGGUGCGGCCUGGCUCCUGGUCUCCCUGCCUCCCCCCGCUGUGAGCUAGGGGCUGACUCUGCCUCCCAGGACACAAGUCUCCAAAGUGCCUGUGAGGGCGGGCCCUUCGCCCGGGCCCUCUGCCUCCUCUGCCCUCGCCCUGGCCAGGCCAAGCUCAGCCCAUCCACCCCAGGCCCUGCCUGUGCGUGGACCCCUGUCUCCACAUCCCACCAAGCACCUCGGCCGCUCUGGCUACAGCUGGGGGACCGCCUCCCCCCACUGCCCUGCCCCCAGCUGGAGGCCCCUCCAUAUGCCCCGGGCUUCCAGAGGGCAGAGGUUUGAGGGGCUGGAGCAGGUGGCGGUGGCGAUGGGAUGCCACAGGCCCCAGGCUGCCUUCCUUUCUCAUAGGUGGGGCCACUUCCUAGGCAUUUCAGCUGUGGGAUCACCGAUCGCAGAGGGUGUGUUUGGCGAGGGCUGGGGUGGGAGUUGUAACUGGCUGGUGCUCUCACCCUCAGCGCCCACCACCAUUCCUGUUGAAACCCCCCCUGGAUUUUUGUUCCGUUCCCUUUUCAAGAUUUCCCAGCAGCAGAGUGGUGCAAGUGGUACGGGGUACCCACGGCAGUGAGGGCGAGGUUCCAGGGGUGCCUACUUCCAGGCCGGGCUCCCUCUUCCAGACUCAGAGCCCCCCUCGGCGAGCCUGGAGCCCUGGGAGGAAGCCAGCUGAACCCAGCCUUGAAGGAGGGGCGGGAUGGGACAGGCAUUCCCUGCCCACGUGGCCUGGAGGAGGCAGCUUGGCCUCCGUGGUCCCUGUGACAGAAGGGCAGGCGCCGUCCCGGCUCCCCUCCACCCCGCAUCCUGGGGACAGCGGCUCUGGUGAGAAGGCCUGGGCAGGCCGAGGCUGAGAAGCCAGGGAGCGUGGAAAAAAGCCAGCCUGGGGGACAGAGCCCUGAGGCCGGAGACCCAGCCUUGGGCUCAGCUUCUACAAUCCCAAGCUGGGGAGGGCUGGCUUUGGACUUGGGGCUAGGGGCUUGGCCUCCCAGCCCUGGCCUCUCUUCUCUGUGUCCUUAGCAUUUGAGACAAGAGGCUGAAGGUCUUGUGCACAGAGCCCCAGCCCCAAAGCUGAGCCUGGCCCCAGCUUUAUCCUCUUGAAGUUUAGCAGUCUGAGCAGCCCAAAGGCCCUGGGGUUGGCCCGACUGGUGCAAGGGGGCCCAAGAGCGCUGGGUUCGAAGGACGAGCUGGAGCUCUGCAAAGUGCAAUGUGUGCCAGCGCCACCCCCCCCGCCCUCCCCUGGAGAAACAUGGGGUGGUGCACACCAGGCCUGCCCAGGCAGGUCUGCAGACACCCUGGUGCCCUCGGGGGGGGGGGGGGGUCAUCCUGGGGGUGGGGCCCUGGCACUUCCUGGAAGCACAGCAAAUUCCGGGUGGGAGGGGGCUUGAGACCCUCCUGGAGUCUUGGCUGGCUGGGGCUCAGAGCUGUGACUUUAACUGUGACUUCUAAGCCUAGGCUCUGUCCCCCCGCCCCAGGGGUAGGGGGGCUGGUCAGGGGACCUGGCCUGAAAGGCUCGAAGCCUACAGGUGGCAGCCAGGCCUGGGCUCUGUGGGCCAGCAGUGGGGGCUUGGGGGGCUUGGGGUGCAGCAGGUCUCCGGAUCGGGGUCCCUGGGGUCCUGGGAGCAGAUCCAUCUUCACUUCCCAGGGCAGGAGUGGCCUCCUCGACUCCUCUGGACUUCACCUGACGGCCACCACCUUGGACUUGGCUGCCCCAGGCCCUCUCCUGUAAAUAGAAGCCCACAAAGUGUACAGAUCUACCGACCCCGAGACGGGGCCCCAGCGUCCCCGAGGGGCCUGGCCCCAGCCCCAGCGUGGCAAAUGCAUGUAAAUAUUUUUCGUAGGCACCGUGGCUCCAGUGAGCCCUGAAGACAGUGUCCCUCCCUCUGGUGAAUCCGUUCACCCUGGCCUGGGGUGGGCCUGGAGUCUGGUCCUCUCUCGCCCAGGCCUCCCCUCCCCCUUCCUCCCCUGUAACCUGUUUAUUAACCACACCUGUCCCGAGUUCAUGGCCAAAACUUUCGAUAAGGAAAAGUGGAGGAGGAAAGACAGUGGGAAAAGAGUGGGCGCUUGCCCCACUGCGGGCACUCACCUGCCCCAGCCUUGCGAAGGAACUGGGGGGUUUUAGUUUUUUCGUUUUUUUUUUUUUUUUUUUUGGUUUGUUUUGUUUUUUAACAUUUCCCGUGCUGUGCCCAUUUAUAAGAGGAAAUAAAAUUCAGCUGCAACGA